AUGGGAAACUUACCAUCAGCUCGCACGAAUCCUAGCUUUGCGUUUGAAGUCGUGGGUGUCGACUUCGCUGGCCCAUUUUUGACACGUGACCGAAAGGGACGUGGUUGCAAAAUUAUAAAAAGCUAUUUAUGUAUAUUCGUGUGUUUUACAACGAAAGCACUUCAUUUAGAAAUUGCAUCAGACUUGAGUGCGGAGGCAUUUAUUAUGUGUUUAAAUCGCUUCAUCUCUCGCAGAGGCAAACCUAGCGAGAUCCAUUGUGACAAUGGACGAAAUUUUGUGGGCGCAAAUAAUGAGUUCAAAAGAUUUCUUGAAUCAUGUAGUGAAUCAAUCUCGUCAUAUGCUGCCGAAGAAUUCAUAAAAUUCAAGUUCUCGCCCGCUUAUUCUCCGCAUUUCAACGGACUUAGUGAAGCCGGUGUUAAGGCAGCUAAGCACCAUCUAAUACGUAUGGUAGGGAAUACGCAUUUAACUUUUGAGGAGUUAGCGACUUUAUUUUCACAGAUUGAGGCAAUAUUAAACUCCAGGCCCUUAACUCCCCUAUCAUCCGAUCCGACAGACUUAUACCCAUUGUGUCCAGGGCACUUCCUGAUCGGCAAGCCGCUCACUUCUCUACCAUCUCCCGUACUAAUCGAUACAAACCCAAGAUAUCUGGCUAGAUAUGAACUCAUCGAUCAGAUACGUCAGCAAUUUUGGGAGAGAUGGCGCACUGAAUUUCUAAAUGAGCUGCAGCAGCGAUCAAAGUGGCGCAUUAGUCAAGGACAAAUUUCCGAAGGCGAUAUGGUGGUACUCAAGGAGCCCAAUUUACCACCACUCAAAUGGCGCAUGGGACGCAUCCAUCGGCUGUAUCCAGGGACCGAUGGCGUUGCACGCGUAGCAGAUGUCAACACUUCAAAGGGUGUCAUCCGGCGUGCAGUUACAAACCUCUGUCCAUUGCCCAACGAGCAAUGA